GGCGCCUGCGCAGGUCGCAUGUGGCGCGUCCUACUCCAGUCAUGGCGGCUCUCCGGCAGACCGCGGGCAGCGGGGUUUUGGAAACGUGUGGUCUGGAGCGAAUUUUGGAGGCGUUGAAGCUGCUGCUGAGCCCGGGAGGAUCAGGCUCAAGUUCACUACAGAUCACGAAACAUGAUGUCCUGUUGACCACUUUAAAAUCUAACCUGUCUGCUUUGGAGGACAAGUUUCUGAAGGAUCCUCACUGGAAGAAAUUGAAACUCCUAAGGGAUGAAAUUGCUAAUGAGGCAGAAUGGCGACAAGUCUCUAUGGACGUCACCUGGCGUUUUACUUCCCAAAGCUUACUGUUGCUGUUGUGCUUGAAGGAAACCAUGAUCCGCCUUGCAGUUGAGUUCAAUCCAGGUAAACCCAACCCGAGGACUCCAGAAGCUGCUCCUGCCUUGAGCCCGGAUACACUUAGUAUCUCACAGCAAAAGACUAUCCAGUCAGUUUUGCAGUUUGUAGUUACCUUGGGUGUCUGCCCCUAUCUUGUGCCUGGUGUUGGAGUCCCUGUGAGUUACAGGACUGAGUUUGGUGCCAUUGUUCAGGACGUAGUGUGUCUCAGUGCUGCCCCCAGUGCACCCCGGAGACUGUACACCAGCUGCAAGGUCCUCCUAAAUGUUGCUCAGCACGCAUCUCUGAGGAGCUUGAUUUUCUGCCGCCAUUUUGGGGAUAUCGCAGCAGGUCUGUGCCAGCUGGGAUUCUGCCCAACCAAGAGGAAACCGCUAAAUCCCGAGGAAGAGGUGUUAACCGAAGACGAAAGAGCCCUAUCUAGGAAGGCUCUGAGAGACAUCUUGGAUCAAGUGUAUCAACCAUUAGCAGUCCGAGAAUUACUUAUCCUCCAGGGAGGACCACCCCAGUCCUGCACGGAUGGGAAGACACAAGUUAUGUGUCGGGCCCCAGCUUGGCUCCGGCGUCUAUGUGGGCAGCUCCUCUCUGAAAGGUUGAUGAGACCCAGUGGUGUUCAGGCAGUAGUCCGGGGCAUUUUGGAAGGAGCAGGUGCUGGGGCGGCUGGUGGGAGUGAUGCUGAGGCCACAGCUGCCGAUUGGAAGAAGUGUGACCUGAUUGCAAAGAUUUUGGCCUCUUGUCCCCAGCAGUCUCUUUCACCAGAGGAUUAUUAUAGAGAUAUCUGCCCCCAGAUUUUGGAUUUAUUUCACUUUCAAGAUAAAUUGACAGAACUACAAUUUCAGAGAGUUGCCACCACUACCUUUAUAACUAUGUCCAGAGAACAGCCACAACUGGCAGCAAAGUACUUACUUCAGCCAGUGUUAGCUCCUCUUCAUCGAUGUUUAAAUACAGCAGAGGUUUCAGAGUGUGACAUGGUGCCAGGGACCAUUUUGGUGACAGAAGAAGAACUCAGUAGAUGUAUUGAGGAUGUAUAUAAGGUGUACGUGGUCGGGAAUGAACCUUUAACAGUUUUGGUGGAUUCCCUGCUUCCUGUCCUGGGAGUGCUCUUUUCUCUCUACUGUUUUACCAAGCACAGUGUGUCUCACAUAAGGUCACUUUGCCAAGAUAUCUUAUUAUGGAUGCUGGGGAAACUGGAGAGGAAAAAGUCAAUUACUAGCCUGAAAGGAUUUGCAGGGUUGGACAAAACUGUGCCCUCUCUCCAUUCUCUGUGCCACUUUAGAGCUGCCACUCAAGGUGGCAUUAUGAUUACCAUCAAGGAGGCCGUUUGUGAUGAAGAUGAAGAUGAAGCCCUAUACCAGAAGGUGUCCUCAGAGCAGUGCCAGGUAGAGCACCUUGGGGACUUGCUGUCCCACUGCCAGGAAUGUGGUUUGGCAGGUGACUUCUUCAUCUUCUGCUUGAAGGAGUUGACUCACAUGGCUGAGGAAAAUGAAGCAGAGUUAAAAACAAAGCCCUUCUCCAGCAAAAGCCUCUUGGAAUUAGAGCAGCACCAGACUCUUCUUGUGGAAGGUCAGGAGCGGAAGCUGCUGGUCCUCCAGCUUACGGCUGUUCUGUGUGAGAGAAUGUCUGAGCAGAUAUUCACAAACAUCACUCAGGUUGUGGACUUUGUAGCAGCAACCCUGCAGCGAGCAUGUGCAAGCUUGGCUCACCAGGCAGAGAGCACUGUGGAAUCACAGACACUGAGCAUGUCCAUGGGGCUGGUGGCUGUCAUGCUGGGAGGAGCCAUUCAGUUGAAGUCAAGUGAAUUUGCCAUUCUGAAGCAAUUGCUGCCUCUGUUGGAGAAGGUCUCCAACACAUACCCUGACCCUGUCAUCCAAGAACUCGCCGUUGAUCUCCGCAUCACCAUCUCUACCCACGGAGCCUUUUCCACUGAGGCUGUCAGUGUGGCUGCCCAGAGUACCCUGAACAAAAAGGAUCCAGAAGGGAAAAGGGAAGAGCAGCAACAAACCAGUCAUGAAAAAUACAGCAAUGUGUCUUAUAACCACCUUGAACAACAGCGAAGCCAUUGCACAUCCAACCAAACAAGCCUGACACCUAAUGCUCCACUCGUUCCUCAGGAAGUCCGUGAGCCCAGCAUCACUACAAACCAGAAAUCAGGAAGCAUAACCACAGAACAGCUCCAGGAAUCUCUUUUAUCAGCUUAUGAUCCUCAAAUUCCAACACGGGCUGCUGCCCUGAGAACUCUUUCUCGCUGGAUAGAGCAGAGAGAACCAAAAGCCCUUGAGAUGCAGGAGAAGCUUCUCAAGAUAUUCUUGGAGAACUUGGAGCAUGAAGACACCUUUAUAUAUCUGUCUGCCAUUCAGGGGGUUGCCCUCCUCUCAGAUGUGUACCCUGAGAAAAUCUUGCCUGGCCUGUUGGCACAGUAUGAUGGCGGUAAAGACAAGCACACACUGGAGACCAGAAUGAAAGUCGGGGAAAUCCUGAUGCGAAUUGUCAGGGCAUUAGGGGACAUGGUCUCAGAGUACCGAGAACCUUUGAUCCACACCUUCCUGAGGGGAGCAAGAGAUCCAGAUAGUGCUCACAGGGCCAGCAGCUUAUCCAAUCUUGGAGAACUGUGCCAGAGGCUGGACUUCAUGCUGGGCUCUGUGGUUCAUGAGGUAACAACUUGUCUGAUUGCUGUGGCUAAAACAGACCAUGAAGUUCAGGUGCGCAGAGCUGCUGUCCAUGUGAUUGUGCUGCUGCUUCGGGGACUCAGCCAGAAAGCUACUGAGGUGCUGAGGGACGUCCUCAAGGAUCUCUACCACCUGCUGAAGCACGUGGUACGUUUGGAGCCCGAUGACGUUGCCAAGCUCCAUGCCCAGCUGGCCCUGGAAGAGCUGGAUGAGAUAAUGAGAAACUUCCUGUUCCCACCACAGAAGCUGGAGAAAAAGAUCAUGGUCCUGCCAUAGACCAACCUCAGAGGACGUGGAGGAGGCAGAGGGACCAAGCAGCCAGAGCAGUGCCCAAGCCUUCCAGCAGGUGGCCCACUGCCCCUUUGGUGCUGGCAAUAUGGCUGCCCCUGGAGGUGGCUUUAUGUCUCUGGUCCUGUGUGUCUUCAGGCUGACCUUCCUAAAGCAUCUAUUUAGCCAUCCUGCAUCCAGCCUGAAGUGUGUGCCGAUAAAAGAAAAAAAGAUUACAGAUCUCAUUAAUCUGCAUGCACAUUUUCGACUGUCCUGUAGCAUUUAGAGAAGGAUGUCUACCUGAUGGCAGUAUAUUUUUUAACACAACCGGUAGAAUUUGAUUAAUUGACCAUCCUCUUGCGACUUGAGUAGAAGAGGUUGGCCCACCCAUAUGUCACAUGUCUUGAUAUUCUUUCAUGGUGAGAUUGUCCCUCUUGUCAUGAGGAGCAGCCAGAGCUAGUCAUCCUUGGAUGCUCAAGAGGCAUUUCAGGGUACAGAGAUGCAAUUGUAGGUAGGGAGGGAAAGGAAAUUGUUAUCAAAACGUGCAAAACUGGAAUAAAACUAUCUUGGCUGGAAAGAAUAA